AUAUAAUAAAGCACAAAACUUGAUUAGCUUCUACGCAGAAACAUUUAUUCUCUCUUUAGUCGUCGCCGAUUGGUUUGCGUUCGCUGAUCAGAUGGAAAACGCCGGUAAAGCUACGUCACUCCAAUCUUCCCGUGAUUUAUUCCACCGGCUGAUGAGCGAGAAUUCUUCUGGUGGUGGUUGGGAGAAGAGUUGGGAAGCAGGAGCAACUCCAUGGGACUUGGGAAAACCAACUCCGGUUAUUGUGCGUCUCGUCGAGACUGGUUCUUUGCCUAAUGGCAGAGCUCUAGUUCCUGGCUGUGGAACUGGUUAUGAUGUGGUGGCAAUGGCCUCCCCUGAUCGUCAUGUCGUUGGACUAGAUAUAUCUAAAACUGCGGUUGAGCGAUCAACAAAGAAGUUUUCUUCAUUGCCCAAUUCAAAAUACUUCUCCUUCUUGAGUGAAGACUUCUUCACUUGGGAGCCAGCUGAAAAAUUCGAUCUCAUUUUCGAUUAUACCUUCUUCUGUGCCUUUGAACCUGGCGUGAGACCUCUAUGGGCACAGCAAAUGGAGAAACUUCUGAAACCCGAUGGAGAGCUUAUAACAUUGAUGUUUCCUAUCGAUGAACGUUCUGGAGGUCCUCCUUACAAAGUAUCUGUGUCUGAGUAUGAAAAAGUUCUGAUUCCACUGGGUUUUGAGGCAAUCUCCAUUGUGGAUAAUGAACUUGCUGUAGGACCACGCAAGGGUAUGGAGAAGCUUGGAAGAUGGAAGAAAUCUUCCACAUUUCACUCCACCUUGUGAUUUGCGAUGAAUGCUCAUAUGCUUCAAUGUGGAUGUUUUGUGAAUUUGUCACUGAUAAACUAAACUUGUAGGGCCAUUGAAAGGGAAGAGAUGGGAACCUCCGAACCUGAAUAAGUAUUUGUAAACACAUGUUGAUAAAUUUUCAUUUCUCAUUCGACCCUAAUCUUUUCCAUAACUUUUUUAAUAUCUCCACUUUGGUUAUAAAAUGUUAUGUAGCUA